ACGCCGCACCGCGUAGGAUUGUCAUGUUCCUUCAGUGAACACCGGGGCGCCACGGCAAACAUCUCCGCCGGUUGCGCCACGCGAGCGGUCUCGCCUGGCUCGAUAGCUUUGCGCUGCUCCAGAAUCAUCUCCGGCCUCUCCGCACUCCACAGCAAUGGCGGAAACUCCUCUGCAUCACUCCACGGAUCCGUUCACAGACGGCGAGCACAGCGGGCACGACCCUGCCGUGCCCUCGUCGGACAUCUCAACGUGCGGUCCGGACGACGGCAUCCCCGUCGUCGAUUUCGACGUCCUCGUCAACGGCGCGGCCGAUCGACGGGCGCAGGCGAUCCGGGACCUCGGCCGGGCAUGCGAGGACUGGGGCUUCUUCAUGGUGAUCAACCAUGGGGUGCCAGAGGAGCUCAAAGAGGCAGCAAUGGAGACAUGCAGGGAGCUGUUCAGCUUACCGGAAGAGGAGAAGGCGGAGUACUUGGAGGCCAGGCCCAUGGAUCCUAUACGAAUCGGGACGGGCUUCUUCUCUGUCGCGGACGGCGUCAGGUACUGGAGGGACUACCUGAAGAUGUUCGCGCACCCUGAGCUCCAUUGCCCUGCAAAGCCACCAAAAUUAAGGGACGUUGCUGCAGAGUACUCGGCGAAGACGAGAGGCCUGCUGCUGGUGCUCGCCAAGGCAAUCUCCGAGAGCUUGGGCCUCGACGGCGGUCGAAUUCCGGAGGCCACGGACCUCGAGUCGUGCUUCCAGAUUCUCGUCGCCAACCAUUACCCGCCGUACACCGGUCCGGGCGGCGCGGGCCUGGGGCUGCCCGCGCACUCCGACCACGGCUUCCUCACCCUGCUCUUCCAGAACGGCGUCGACGGGCUCCAGGUCGAGCGCGACGGGCGGUGGCGCCUCGCCAAGCCCCUCCCUGGCGCGUUCUUCGUCAUCGCCGGCGACCAGCUGGAGAUCGUGAGCAACGGGAGAUACAGGGGCGCGCUCCACCGCGCGGUGGUCGGUGGCGAGCGCGCGAGGAUGUCCGUGGUGAGCAUGAUCUCGCCGUGCCUGGACGCCGUGGUCGAGCCGAUCCCGGAGCUGGUACCCGACGGCCGGGGCCUCGAGUUCCGGGGCGUCAGGUACCGGGACUACAUGGAGCAUCAGCAGAGCAACAAGCUCGACGGGAAAGGAGCGCUGGACUUCGCCAGGGUGCAGCGUGACAUCGCAGCCUGAGAACUGAGGUCGAACGGAACUGCUCAGCUAAAGCGAUGAUGGGCCGUCCUACUUGAGAUAGAUUAACGGGCCUUCCUCUUGUUCCUAGUAGUAGUCGUCCCGCCUCUGUUGGCAGCCCAUAGUUAAGCUUUUGGGGGCAUGGCCGCAUGGGGAGGCACACAGGCCACAGCCACACAACCUAUUUCCCCCUAUGGUCUUUAUUUCCCUGCAAUUAGCUUUUUAAUUAGAAGCAAACCAAAUUUAGGCCAUGUCUAAUCGUUUUCCAUGUUCUUAGAUGCAUGCUGGUGCUUAGUGUUUGCUACAAACCUAGUUUAAUUGUUGGUUGCAUUUACUUGGAACUUCA